AUGGCCGAGUACCAGUGCCGAAAUCCCUUCAUUCUGCGGAGACGACAAUUCGCCUGCAAUGUGAGCGAGUCGGCACAGUCGACGCGGUUCAAUACACCCGAGGUGGCCCCGACAGAGCUUACUCUUAAGGAGAAUUUGGUGGAGGUGGAGCUUUUUGCAGCUGGAUUGAACUUCGAGGCCACACAGGGCGCGGGCGUUGACGUUAUUCUCAACUCUUUGACGGGUGAGUUGAUGGAGGAGUCGUGGCGAUGCAUCGCUGCUGGAGGCACCAUGGUUAAACUUGGGAAACGGAAUAUGCUCGACAGGAAUUACCUGUCUAUGGAGCCUUUGGGUCGCAACGCGUCCUACCGCUGCUUUGACAUGUCUCAUACUCAUGUCUCUGGCCAACUCAUCUCGAGGAAUAGACUCCUUGAUGAAAUCAUGAACCUCAUCAACAAAAGGCAGCUUACGCCAAUUGGACCUAUCAAGACAUUCUCCUUUGCGGAUAUACCCACGGCUUUCGGAUACAUGCGUCGCGCCAAUCACAUUGGAAAAAUCGUCAUUUCCGAUGGACCUGACGCAGAGGUUCAAGUUGAGGCGCUCUUCAAGCCUGGCUCCCAUGUUUUUACCACACGCUUCGGCACAGGAGGUCUAUCUGCUGGUUUCUAUGGAAGGAGUUCUUAG